AUGCCACUACGAGCACCCGCUCUUCCAUGCAUCGAUAUUGCUGCAGUGGGCCAGCAACCAUCUAGCAAGUUCCGCAGCCCAGAGGACAAGUUGCGACUAUGGCAGUUCCUUACUGUCUCGUGGAUGGCCCCAUUGAUAUCGACAGGGAAAAAGCGACAACUCCAAGAAGAUGAUGUUUGGCUCCUUGGAUUUGAAUUUCAACAUCGGAGACUACAUGAUAGGUUCCGCCGGCUUCGAGGUUCCGUUAUUGGUCGCUUACUGCAUGCGAAUGGCAUUGAUGUGUUUAUAAUCACUGCUAUUGCCAUCGUGCAGAUGCUUUGCGACUUUUCGACUCCGGUAUUGUUGCAGCAGCUAUUACAGGCAAUGAAUGAUGUCGCGGCCCCGAAAAGCGUGGCCUUGACUUAUGCUUUCCUGUCACUCGUUGUUCGUUUUGUUGCCACGCAAUUCCAGGUCCUACUUCUCUGGUAUGGCAGAAGAUGUUAUGAAAGAAGCAGAGGCGAGAUUAUCAUGAUGAUCUAUGAGAAGGCCCUGUCAAGGAAGAAUAUCUUUGGCGUUCGAAUUGAUAAUGAACACGGCAAGCCUCAUGGUGAUGAUCACGACGAGGAUACGGAAUCACAGAACGCUAAGAAGAGAAAAUUAUGCGGACUCAUUCCUUGGGGUCGUGAAACCCAUGAGAAUACCAAAGAGGCAGCCUCUAUCGGAAAGAUAUUCAACCUGCUACGUGGGGACGCUUACGAAGUGGCCCAGAGAUUCUGGGAGAUUGACUCAUUGGUUGACAAGCCCCUGGGACUUUUGAUCGCUGUCAUCCUCGUGUGGAAAUUGUUUGGACCAUCAUGCUUCUUGGGAAUUCUAGCAGUCCUCGUUGCGCAGGGAAUCAAUGCAAUCAUUACUCGGACUCUUCUUCGAUGGGAGCGUGUCAGGAGAGCAGCGACAGAUGUGCGACUACAGAUCUCCUCCCAGUUCGUGGAAGCUCUACGUCAUCUACGCUGGUAUGGAUGGCAAAACCAUUGGCUUAAUCAAGUCAUGGAUGCCAGACAGUCUGAGCUGAAUCUCCGGAUUGUGACAAGCUUGUGGAGUAUCCUUAUCCGCUUUGUCAACGUGUUCGCCAGUGGUGUAUUCCCUGUGUUGGCGUUGUAUGCCUAUACACUAUUGGCUGGAAAUCCGCUACGGGUUGAUAUUAUCUUUCCGGCGCUGCAGCUCUUUACCAUGCUGGAAACCCGGCUUAGAGAUAUCCCUGGUCUGAUCACGGUGUUGAUUAACGCUUCCAUUGCGGUAGAACGAAUCGAGGACUUUAUGUCAGAACCGAACAAAGAGAUCAGGCCUACGCAAACUCAUGCCGACUCGACCCCGAUUCAAUUGGAAUCAUGUUCCUUUGCCUGGCCGGGUAAAAGGUCGUCUGUGCUAUCUGAUAUCUCCUUGACCAUUCCGAACGGCCUAACCGUGGUCUCUGGAAAAGUUGGUGCCGGAAAAUCAGCACUACUUCAAGCGUUUCUCGGAGAACUGGACAGAUUCAGUGGUGAUUCGCAUAUCCCUAAUGAGAUGGUCGGAUAUUGUGCCCAGACGCCAUGGCUUCAAAGCAUGAGCAUUCGCGACAACAUCUUGUUCUCAUCUCCUUACGACGAACAGCGAUAUAAGCGAGUCCUAGACGCCUGUGCCUUGCUCCCUGAUCUUUCAAGCUUCAAACAUGGCGAUCUGUCAUUUGUGGGUGAGAACGGCAUUGGCUUAUCGGGUGGACAGAAGGCUCGUGUGGCCCUUGCCCGGGCACUCUAUAGUACAUCCAGGAUACUGUUGCUUGAUGAUCCAAUCUCCGCUCUGGACCACAGUACAGCCGAAACGAUUGUUCGCAAAUGUUUCUCUGGUCCAUUGAUGCAGAAUCGGAUGGUCGUGCUAGUGACGCACCGUACUGCGCUCGUUCGUCAUAUUGCAACUCAAAUAGUUGAGAUCGAGGAUGGACGUGCAAUUGUGUAUGACAAGGAUGCUAUUUCUACCGCUGCCACGGACGAUGUCGCUCAACAGCCUCCCUCAGACGAUGAAGAAGCUGAGCUUCAUCACGAAGACGAGCUGGAAGGCACGGAAGCUGCAGUUCCGGACAAGUUUAUCGAAGAGGAGCAUCGAGCAGAAUGGGGUGUAAAGGCCAAGGUUUACUGGGAUUACAUCAGAGCUGGCAAAUAUAGAUGGUGGAUUGCUCUUCUCAUUGUCAUGACAAUCUAUCGCCUGAUAUCGGUUGGACAAUCCUGGUUUCUGAAAGAAUGGGGAGAGGCCUAUGAUCAGCGCACCCUCGUGCAAGCGUGGCAAGGUCUGAAUUCGUUGCCAAUUAACCCCGUCGACGGACUGCCCGCACCCCUCGACGACGUUAAACCUUGGCUACUAGCAUUCUUCUUGAUCACAACCUUUCAGGCUUUCAUGCUGCUGGUUGGACAAGUAUUGAUGCUGGUCAUCGUCUACUUCGCGGGAAAAACGCUCUUCAAGCAGGUGAUGGUGGGCGUCAGCCAUGCCACAUUCCGAUUCUUUGAUGUCACUCCUAUCGGCCGUUUGAUGAACCGUCUUACGUCGGACAUUGGGGUUGUAGAUGGCAAUAUCAGCGAGCAAUUCCAAAUCAUUGCGUUUCAAGCGAUUACUUGGAUAUCGUCUAUUGUUGUCAUAGCAUCGGUGACGCCAAUCUUCCUGGUCUUCUCGCUUGUCCUUACCGGCGCAUUCAUUGUUAUUUUUUUGCGCUUCUUACCAACAUCACAGAGUCUGCGAAGAUUAGAGAUGGUGUCGCUGAGCCCUUUGAUCUCAAACUUUGGCGAGCUCCUGCAUGGCCUAACCACGGUUCGUGCUUUUCACGCGGAAGAACGAUUCCAAAACCGUGUUAUAGACGUCGUGGACCGUUUCCAGGGUAUGGAUCACUUCUACUGGUCUUUGCAGAGCUGGUUGAUGUACCGUUUCGAAAACCUCUCAGGCCUAUCCACGUUCUGCUUGACAGUGCUUGCUCUGUACACAAAUGUCACGCCCGGCCUGGCUGCAUUCGUUUUGAUCGCAGCAAACAAUUUCGUCGCAUCGACACACGGCCUAUGCAAACAAUACGGUCAACUGCAAAUGGACUUCGUCUCCGUAGAACGCAUAGACGAACUCCUCCAUAUCGAACAAGAAACACCAGGAACCAUUACACCCCCAGCAUCCUGGCCCAAAUACGGCCACGAAAUCACCUUCGAAGAUGUAACCAUCCGCUACGCACCACACCUAGACCCGUCUCUGUCAAACAUAUCCCUCCGAAUCCCAGGCAGCUCGACAACAGCCAUAAUCGGCCGCACGGGUAGCGGCAAAUCCACACUCGCCGUCUCCCUACUAUCCGUAAUCCGCCCCGAAUCCGGCCGCAUCAUAAUCGACGAUAUCGACAUCGCAAAGGUCAACACCCAAGCCCUCCGCACCCGUGUGACCUUCGUCGCCCAAGACCCCGUCCUAUUUCCCGGAACCAUCCGCCUAAACCUCGACCCCACAAGCGACUACCCAGACUCCGAAUGCGCAGACGUCCUGCACCGCCUCUGCGCCAGACACGGCUGGACACUAGACACAAAUAUCGAAGCUGGUGGGCGGAACCUUAGUCAGGGACAGAGGCAGCUGAUUGGGUUGUCGAGGGCUGUGCUUAGGCGGAGUCCGGUUGUUAUAUUGGAUGAGGCGACGGCAUCGAUUGAUCAUGAGACAUCAUUGGAGAUCCAGACGAUUUUGAGAGAUGAGAUGAAAGAUUCGACAGUUAUUAUGGUUGCGCAUAGGUUGGAGGCGAUUAAGGAUGCGGAUUAUUAUGUUGUGUUGGAUGGGGGGAGGGUUGCUGAGCAGGGGUUUGUGGGGGAGAGGAGAUUAGUAUAA